AUGGGCUCUGCACAGAACAAUGACUUCAACUUCCCACACUUCCCUACACCACCACCUCCAUCAACAAAGCCGCCUAGUCCCUCAAAGUCAUCACCGCCCCCACCAUCUCAACCUUUUGCUCCACCACCUCAUCAUGUGCAACCACCGCCACAGCCUUCGCCAUCACCAGACAACCAUCCAACAGUAAUAGUCAUUGUGUUCAUCUCAUUUGGAGGUCUUAUGUUACUUGCAUUCCUCGCAGCUGCUCUCUGUUGCUACAUUAAGAAGAGAAAGAAGAAGACAGUUCAAGAAACCGAUCUUAUUCACUUUGAUGAAGAAAGGAAGGUCAAGGAGGCCAUCAUUCCAGGGCCGGGUGGCUCAAAGGCUGUCAUAUUGACAAUUGAGGAUGAUGUCCAUAUCGAUGAAAUCAUUAGGAAGAAUGAGAAGGUUGGUGAAGGUUUGCAUGACAAGUCGGCAGAGGGCAUAUCUGGUCCCCAUGAGGAAGGAGCAUCUUCUUCUAGUGUUGAUCAUCACCAACUUGAACACAAGCCUUGA